GAAACAUUUCCAAUAAAUUCUUUUAUCAGAAUUUUGAUAAGAUAAAUAUUUCUAAUAAUCUGCGAUAUAGGUGUGUAUUUCAGCUGGAAUUUGUAAUGAAAAAAACGUAGAAAUAUAUACUACAAUGAAGUUUUUAAGAUCGACAGUGUGCUACAUUGCCAUCUUGGCAAUUCUCUUUACCCUCUGUGCCGAUGAGGUUGAAGGAAGGAGAAAAAUUUUGAUGGGGCGAAAAAGCAUUACCAGGACAUAUCUUCGUGGAAAUGCUGUUCCUGCGUAUGUGAUAAUAAUCCUUGUAGGAAUUGGUCAAAUCAUCCUGGGAGGGAUAUUGUACGUUGCAUUGAGGAAGAAGAUCAUUGCUGCACCUGUAACGGCAUCAUAUGCAGUGGCUAGACAAGAACCAUAAAUUUUAUUUGUCUAGAAUAUUAUUUUCUAAAUAUGCAUCUUUUUUAAAUUAUUGUCUACGUAAAUAAUAAGUCUAGAAAUAUAUAAAAAUUGUAUAAAAUCA